UUGUCGACAGCAGGCAGCGUUAUUGGGAUCAUUUCCCUCGGCACCCAGGUAGUACAGUCAAUCUACAAGUACUACAGUGCCGCGAAAGACCAGCAUUCUGACAUUGCUCGCACCCUGCGGAAACUCGAAGAUUUGCAAUCUUUGCUCGAAAGAUUGAACACCCAUCUCGGCGAUCGCAAGUUUCGAUCCAGCGAGAAGCCCCUGCUUCAAAACAUUGAGUCCGCGAUUCAACACUGCGAGGAGUCCAUCGACGACUUGGGACAAGAAGCGAGAAAGUUUGAGAAGACACCGACCGAUGGUGCUCGAGCUGCAAUCAAAGGAGCCGUUCGUCGGUUGGCAUACCCGUUCCGGGAGAGCACUCUCCUGAAGCUGCACGAAGACAUUGACUACCUCAUCAGUCAACUGUCUCUGGCUUUGUCACUCCUGCAGCAGCAGACCAUCGAUCUCGUACAAGAUGAAAUCGAGAACACCAAUGCCAUACUCAACUUGAUCCGAACCUCACAGGUCUCCUCCGAGAUCCGAGCUUGGCUUAAUGCUCCUGACGCGACUUUCAACUUCACUGAAGCAUGUGCGAAGAAACAUCCUGGGACUGGUACUUGGUUCGUCAACGGGCCUGAAUUCACUCGCUGGUUGGAGGAGUCAAACUCGUUCCUUUGGCUGAAGGGCUUUGCCGGCUGCGGAAAGACUGUUCUGAGUUCUACGGUCAUACAACACACCCUCCGCCACCGUAGAUCUAACCUCUCCGUCGGGCUCUGUUUCUUCUUCUUCUCGUUUAAUGAUGACUCCAAACAGGAUGCAUCAGGUAUGCUCCGAGCGCUUAUUUUGCAGCUCUCUGACCAACUCGAAUAUGCCCCCUCUGCAUUACGAAGAAUACACGAUUUGGGACAGAAACACAAUGUCCAACCGUCAACCGCAGACCUGCUUCGAUGUUUUCGUCAGGUCUCGCAGCUUUUUCAGAGUGUCUAUGUAAUUUUGGAUGCACUAGACGAGAGUCCUCGGGAAACAAGUCGGUUUGAUCUCCUAGAAAUAUUGAAAGAGAUUCGGGCUUGGACAGAGCUGAGACUGCAUCUUUUGGUUACCAGCCGAGACGAAGUCGAUAUCCGCGAAGGAAUAGAGGCCGAAGAACAAACGACCAUCUUGAUGAAGCACGAAGGGAUAGAUGAUGAUAUUGCGAGCUAUGUCUCGCAAUAUCUCCAACGGCGUCUCAAGCGUUGGAACGAACACCAUUCUCUAAUUGAAAAGGUCCUAACCGAGCAGGCACAUGGCGUUUUUCGUUGGGUUGAAUGUCAGUUCCAAGCGCUUGUGACGUGUCCAAGGAGCAAGCAGGCUCUCGAUCGACGACUUCAAUCAUUACCUCCGACCCUGGAUGAAACCUACAAAAGAAUGCUGGAGAAUGUUCCCAAUAAAGACUACGCCAAGCAGAUGCUGGCGAUUCUCUGUUGCGCAUCAAGACCGUUGACUGUGCCGGAGCUAAUCAACGCAUUGGCAAUCGAGAUCGGCGCCACGUCCUUCUUGAACCCAGACAGGCGAUUGCCAGAUGCAGACGCCCUUCAGGAAAUUUGCCCAGGCUUCACCGAAGUAACCGUGGAACCUUACUCAGAAGUGGUCAUCAUUUGUAUCGCCCAUUUCUCUGUACAGGAAUAUCUCGAAUCUAGUCGAAUUCUUCUACCUGAAGGAUACGCUUAUUUCAGUAUACACAGGAGCUGUGGAGAUCGACUGCUGGCAUCGAUGUGUCUCACUUUGCUGCUAGAAUCUGACUUACAGAUGUUCGGACGUAAGGAGACCGUGAAAAAGUAUCCUUUUGCAGAAUAUGCUGCCCAGGAGUGGGUAAACCAUUGG